GUUGCUGUCUGUCUGUCCGCCUGCUAUUCUGUCUGUUAGUCCGACUGCAGUGAUUAUUUCCCCAUAAACGGCCACUCACAAAGGUCUCGGCCAUGCCUCCCCUCCCCUUCUUCCUGACACUGCUACAGCUUGCAGCACUUACUUAUGUGAGUGCUGCGGCAUACUACGGACACAAGCAACACCCUCAGCCAUACCAGCCGAUGCAGCACAUGCAACACAUGGGCAAAGAAGGCUUUCCCCAACAACAGUACCUUGGCAAAGAGAUGCCCUAUAUGCAGUAUCCCCACUACAGGAAGGAGCUACCUCAGAUGCCCAUGCACAAGGGCAAAGAAAAUGCUCGUAAAGGGGCCGGUUAUAAUGGUGGCCAAGACAAAGGUCAGACAAUACCUAGUGGUGCUGAGGGAAUUCCCCAAGGAGAGCAAGGCCCAGCUGGGCCACCCGGGCCAGAUGGACCUGCAGGACCUCCUGGAACUCCAGGGAAUGGACAGCCUGGACCUGCGGGACGACCUGGACCUCCUGGUCCACCAGGAGGGCCUGCAGUGGGAAAACCAGGUUUACCAGGACUGCCAGGCAAGCCAGGAGGAAAUGGUGAGGCUGGAUCGCAAGGAGAAAUGGGCCCUAGGGGUGAAGAAGGGCCAGCUGGGCAGUCAGGGCCUCAGGGUCCCCCAGGACCACCUGGGCUACCAGGAAUAGGUAAACCAGGGGCAGGAGGAUUACCAGGCCAACCAGGGUCCAAAGGAGAGCCAGGUCACAAAGGUCUGCCAGGACUACCAGGAUUACCUGGACCCAAAGGAGACAAAGGGAUGGGCCAGCCAGGACAACCUGGUCACAAAGGGCUCCCAGGGCCCUCAGGACCUGCUGGCCCAAGAGGGCUGCCUGGUUUUGGAAAACCUGGGUUGAAUGGGGCCCCAGGGCCACAUGGACCACUAGGAGAGAAAGGACAUCCUGGAGAGCUUGGACCAGCUGGACCACCUGGUGAAGGAGGACAGCCUGGCCCACCGGGUCUACCUGGUCAAGGAAAGCCCGGUCAAAAUGGCCUGCCAGGACAGCCAGGCAUGCCAGGUGGGAAAGGUCAUCCAGGACCACCAGGUUUGCCAGGAAAGCCUGGACUUCCUGGAUUUGGUAAACCAGGACUCACAGGACCAAAGGGUGACAAAGGUAUGGGUGGGCCACCUGGACUUCCAGGACCAAAAGGAGACAAGGGCCACGGAGGACUACCUGGUAUGCUUGGACCCCCUGGACCAAAUGGUCCACCAGGUCCUCCAGGUCCCAUGGGAACCCCAGGAGGUUUAGGUGCACCUGGUCCUAAAGGAGACUGUGGAGAAGGAGGACCUAAAGGGCUUGAUGGAGCCAAGGGUGAUCCUGGUGCCUCUGGUAUACCUGGUAAGGAUGGUCUGCCAGGAGAGGGUGGAGAGCCAGGACCAAGAGGUCCAUCAGGACCGAGUGGUGCCAAAGGAGACGGUGGACAUAAAGGUCUACCUGGUACUCCUGGUUCUUCAGGACUUCCCGGGCCAAAAGGACAUGGUGGAUUACCUGGUGAAGUGGGACCUCAAGGUCCUAAAGGAAUCCCUGGAAUGGAUGGCACCGCAGGACCAAUUGGACCUCCUGGUCUUCUGGGGCCAAAAGGAGAUAGCGGUCUACCUGGUGCCCCAGGCAUUGCAGGUGAGGGAAAUCCAGGUCUUCCAGGACCCAUAGGACCCCCAGGGAAAGAGGGCUCAUCAGGAACCCCAGGACAGCCAGGUCAGCCCGGCCCUCCUGGACCACCAGGCCUACCUGGACCGUCUGGUCUGUCUCCCGAUAUGUCAGGAGUGCUCUCUGAGAUGGGCCCUGCACUAGAUGGUGUUAAGGCUGGUGGUUAUGGUAAGAAGGGCAAGUACGGAGGCAACGGGGCUGAAGUAAUGGGUGCCAGUGGGUUGGAAAUGCCAGCAUUCACAGCUGUAGUAACAACUCCCUUUCCACCUGUGGGUACUCCUGUCGUCUUUGACAAGCUCUUGUACAAUGGUCGCCAAAAUUACAACCCUGAGACAGGAAUCUUCACCUGUGACAUGCCUGGCAUUUAUUACUUUGCCUACCACGUUCAUUGCAAAGGAGCUAAUGUGUGGGUGGCUUUGAUGAGGAACAAUGAGCCAGUGAUGUAUACCUAUGAUGAAUACAAAAAGGGUGUCCUCGAUCAAGCAUCAGGGAGCGCAGUACUACCUCUACAACCUGGGGACACUGUGUACAUUCAGCUGCCCUCAGAUCAGGCCUCAGGACUUUAUGCUGGGCAGUAUGUGCACUCCUCCUUUUCGGGGUAUUUGUUAUAUCCGAUGUAAAAUCCCAACCUGCAGGGAGAGAAAGGCUUCAGUGAGAACAAAGUGGGAGCGUAUUUUUGUAUAAUAUAAAACAUGAUAAUAAACCACCUUAAGCUGAGCAGCGAUGAGAGGAAGAAGACGGUCUGUAUGUACAGCAGCUUUGAUACUGUAUAGCCUUAUAACCGCAUAAUUGGGAAGCAAAGAGGUUUUCUUUCACAGCUUUGAAGAUAUAAAAGAAUGUAUAAAAAGGCAUUCAAAGAACACCUCAAAGAUGGCUGCAGAUGUAUUUGCAUACAGAAGAAUGCCAUAAUCCGAUAAUAAGAGUGUAAUUUGUACAAACAUAUGAAGGGAACGUGAAGUGUAUGCAAAGGAAGAUAAAAUACAAUUCUGGUAACACAAAGCAACAUUUUGUUCCUGCACCUCUUCAAAACUGGCAGCUACCCCAUGUGGUGAAGAAUGUGAAAUACAGUAGAAAUCAUGAAGGCAUAGUCUUUUCGGUAGGAAAUUUAUAUUUUUGCAUGUAUACAUUUGAAUGAAUACAGUUUUUGUCUUUCUAUUGAUAAUGGCAAGCAUAUAAAAUGACCUCUUGAGAAUGACAAUGCAUUGAAAGGUUUGCAUUACAACAGUUUGUGCAUGAUUUAGAGGUAAACACAUUUCUGGUCGUGGAACCUGCAAAUUAAUGAAUUUUGGUUAAAGGUUAAUUGUAUACACUGAUUUUCAAUGGAUACAUCUCUCAAGCUCCCACGUGGAUUACCAAAAAAAAAAAAAAUGCAAAAUACAGUGUGGGAGCAACCUAAAUGACUUGUGAAGGCCUUAUGUAUAUUAGGGUCAACUGGUAUUGGUGGUGAACUAUAUGGCAAUUAAUGUGCUUACUUGUAGGAGCACAAAAAAUGAGUGGGUCAAAAAUAGAUAAUCACACGCAUGAUAUAUGUUGCUCACUGACAAUUGCUCCCAUGAGUGAGAUUCAAAAAGUAAGAAUGUGAUAAUAAUUUUAUGUUUAAUGUUUGCUUAUAGGUUUAUGGGUGUAAAGAAAUGUUUUUUUGUGCAAAAGUGCAAAGGUCAAGCAAACACACCAUAAUGCCCUGAAAUAUGAAAACCACUCCAUAUUGCAUUACACCACAAUACACUGAAACGUCCACACUAUACAGCAUCUCUGUGUCACUAACUUAACCAUAGCAUUAGUAUAAGUGACAUGUGUUAAGUAUCAUAAAGCACAGGCCCUGCCUUUGAACAUGUAUAGUUGUAACUACAAUAUAAUACUCAACAGGGAUUACAAAGUGUUUCAGUCAAAUAAAUCUAUCUGAGGAUUUGAUCUAAUGACUCUGCAAUUAGCUUCAUUUCAAAGAAAAAUCAUUUUAGAAAUUGUAUUCUGUAACUGUUUUGUAAGCUUAAUCCAUUUUUAGUCAUUUAAUUAUUCAUAACAGGGUGUCUUAUUUGGAAAACAAAUUAUGAAUUGUUCUUUUGAAAUGAAACACAUGAACAGUGGGACCCGGUUGUCAUCUAGUCACUCUGGUGUGUUUUUGUUUUUUGAAGUGAGAAAAACAAAUUAAUUUCCAGAGCAUCCUUGGUGAGCUACAUUUAGUAUGUCUUGCUGCCAGGUUUACGGGGAAUACAAAAUUUGUAUUACAACUCACUUAAAGCAAGUAUUGAAUGUCACAGCAAUUCAUAACAACAGUUAUGCCAAUAAUUUAUUAUUCUAUGUGCUGAUCACCUACAUGCAAUGACAAGGACAUACAGACGUCAACUUUUAAAGGAAAAUGUAUGUAUAUUUCUCCUUUCAACCAUGGUGCUAAUAUUGUCGUUGUAACCAAAGAUUUUAUGUCUUAAUGUUUCACAUUUGUUAUUAUUG